AUGCAUAAACUUACAAGAUUUAAUAGUUUUAUCCAUCAUUUCAAAUGCAUCAGAAACAUGAAGAUGUAAACUCAAACGUUUAUACUACAGUCCUUCAUUUUUGUUUUAGUUUUUCUCAUCGUAAUAACUUCUCAAAUGAUUAACAAAAGUAUGAUGGAUGAUAUGAUUUAAAAGUUAACCAAGGAAAUAGAAAUACAAACCAAUUUAAAACAGAUAAAUAUUUAAUCUCAGUUUAUCAAAUAUUAAGCUCAUUACCCUUUGGAAUAAGGAUUCAAAUUUCUUGAAAGCUUUAACAAAUUGAAUUCAAUGUUCUUGAAAGACUAACAAACAUCAAUUAACAAAUUGCUUUAGUGUUUAUAUGUUGAAGAAAACUUUGAUUUUUAUUCAAAGAUGCCUUUAUUUUGUUAUAAAUUCACAAAGACCAAUAUAAUCACUUCAAAUGAAUCAUUAAUAAAUCAUAUCGUCGGGUAUCAAGCUUUAUUGAAUUCAAUAUUUUUGCCUAUUUCAAUAUCACAAUUUCAGAAAACGAUGUUUUUUACCUUCAUUUCUGAUGAGGAAUAUUUUGCUAUUCUUCCACCAAAGAUUGUUCCGGACAUUUACCUACCAUCAAAAAGACCAUGGUAUUAGGAAUAAAUAUAGAAAGUAUAACAAACAAAACAGAAUGAUGUUAUUGUGAUUUCUAGCAUUUAUUAAGAUUUUGAAACUUAAAAAUAUGAAUUCACUUUAACGAAAGGGAUGACUGAUCAAGAAGAGAAUUUCAGUGGGAUAUUUGGAAUUGAUCAAACUCUGGAACAUUACAAAGAACUUUUGUAAUAUGAGGAUUUGAAUAUUAUUUUAGUUGAUCUCAAAGGCAGAAUGCUAUUGUCUAAUUUAUAGAUUCAAUAAGAAAUUGAUUUAUCAAAAGAGAAGAAAUACAUAUAUGAAAUUGGAACAACUGGAUUUGAUGAGAGUGAUUGGAACCAAAUUGUGAAUGAGGCCAAUAAAUAAGGCUAAGGCACCAUUGAAUGUAGUGAAAAAGAUGUCAAACAAUUUUGCAGAUAUAAUACAUUCUUUAAGUAAGAUCUGAUUAUUAUUGUGAUAAACAUAUAAAGUCAAUUCUAUCUGCUUGUGUAAAGUAUCAGUUUGGCUCACAUUACUAAGGAUGUAACCAGAGCCAAAGAAUUGCAGGAUUAAAUAAUGUCUUAAAUAACAUAAUUUCUCUAUUAUUGCAUCAUUGUGGCUGUUGUGCUAUUGCUUCUCUCAAUAAUUAUAAUCCCAAUCUUUUUUAGACCAUUAAAAAACAUCUAAAAUAUAAUCAAGACAUAAAUGAUCUAAAAAUUCACAAUUCAUUACGAUCAUUUCUUUUUUAGUAAUAGGAAAAAGAAUUAGUUGGCUUUCUUUUAAGAUAGUUUCAAUGUCUUUAAACAGAAAUUAUUAGAUUUUACGUAGAGCAAAUCACAAGAUUGUUACAUCAUUGAGAACUUCAAGUAUCCUCGACAGUAGUAGAUCAUCAUAGCAGAAUUAACUUCUUUUAUUAAAUUCCAAACAUUUGUAUAUAUUUAUUAUCCUAUCUAGAAGAAGGAUAAAAUAGAGAACUUGCCAAACCAAAACCACCAGCCUGAAUAAUCGCCAAAGCUAUUCUGUGAUACCUUUCUUAAUUAUAGCUAGGACAAUUAAAAGAGUGUGAUUCAAUUGUCUCCAAGAGAUAUAACAUUUCGUAUUGAAUUAUAACAACACAACAACUAAACUUGA